CUGGAUGGAGCCGGCGGCCGGGCGAUGGGAGGCGGCGGGCUGGCGCAGGCGGCCGGGCUGAAGGCGGCCGGGCAGGAGCGCUGAGGCGGCGGCGGAGCCAGCCCGGCCAGAGGUCAACCACAAUGGGCUCCGUCAGAGGAGAUCACUUCAAGGACAUCAGCCCCGUGGUGACCCCCGAGGGGAACGUGGUGAUGAGCUUCAGCUUUGACAGCUACCAGCUGGAGGAGGAGGAGCUGCAGGCGAAAGGGAAUCAGGCCAAGGGAGUCCUCACCUUCAUGGAGCCAGCCUUGGAAGACCCCGAGCCCCAGGAUCGAUACCAUGGGAUUUACUUUGCCAUGCUGCUAGCAGGGGUUGGAUUUCUCCUGCCGUACAACAGCUUUAUCACAGAUGUGGACUAUUUGCAUCACAAAUAUCCAGGGACCUCCAUUGUGUUUGAUAUGAGCCUCACCUACAUCCUGGUAGCCUUGGUAGCUGUCAUCUUGAACAACGCCCUGGUGGAGCUGCUGAGUCUGCACACCAGGAUCUCUGUGGGAUACCUGUUCGCUCUGGGUCCCCUUCUCUUCGUCAGUAUCUGCGAUGUCUGGUUGGAGCUCUUCACCCACAGGCAAGCGUAUGCUAUUAACCUGAUAGCCGUAGGGGUCGUGGCCUUCGGCUGCACAGUGCAGCAAUCCAGCUUCUACGGCUACACCGGGAUGUUGCCCAAGCGGUACACCCAGGGGGUGAUGACUGGCGAGAGCACUGCGGGGGUGAUCAUCUCCCUCAGCCGCAUUUUCACCAAACUCCUCCUGUCGGACGAGAAGGAGAACACCAUCAUCUUCUUCUUCAUCUCCAUCGGCAUCGAGCUCAUGUGCUUCAUUCUCCACCUGCUGGUGAAGCGCACCCAUUUCGUCCGGUACUACACCUCCUGCUCCCGGGAGGGCGCUCCUGAGGGCAAAGGGGUCCCAGACCACGGCACCGGAUACAGGGUUCACCACGACGUCACGGCAGAGGACGUCAGAUUUGAAAAUCGGCCUUGUGGGCAGGUGGGCUCCCCUCCGGGCAGCCUGGGGCAUGAAACUGAGCUGGCUGGCAGCGGCACCUACGUGAGGUUUGACGUCCCUCGACCAAGAAUCAAAAGGAGCUGGCCCAGCUUCCGAGACAUGAUGCUCCAUCGCUACGUUGUCUCCAGGGUGAUCUGGGCCUACAUGCUUUCCAUAGCCAUGACCUACUUCAUCACACUGUGCCUCUUUCCUGGUUUGGAGUCGGAGAUCCGCAACUGCACUCUUGGGGAGUGGCUCCCCAUCUUAAUCAUGGCUGUCUUCAACCUCUCGGACUUUGUAGGCAAGAUCCUGGCUGCCUUGCCUUAUGACUGGAGAGGGACCCACCUUCUCAUCUACUCCUGCCUGCGAGUGAUUUUCAUUCCCCUCUUUAUAAUGUGCGUGUACCCCAGUGGGAAACCCACCUUCAGCCACCCUGCUUGGCCUUGCAUCUUCUCCCUCCUCAUGGGGAUCACCAAUGGGUACUUCGGCAGCGUACCCAUGAUCCUAGCUGCUGGCAAAGUGAGCCCGGAGCAGCGGGAACUGGCAGGUAACACCAUGACUGUGUCCUACAUGACCGGAUUGACACUGGGCUCCGCCGUGGCCUACUUUGCCUAUAGCCUCACCAGUACGUCUCACAGUACCUGUUUCCACACUGAAACCUACAACAGCUCUUUCACGGCGGGGUACUGAGCGGGCGAUGCGGCUGGGGCUGCCGAAGCUCUGUGCCGGGACGGGGUGCAGGAGAAGGGGGCAGGGCAGUAGAGCCACGGGCUGCAGGCCGGGCUAAGCUAAAGACUCUAAUGUGCGUCUCUCUCAGGAGGGGUUUCAGGCCUCGUCCAGUCUCUGUGUCGCUGUCUUAGGUGUCACUUUGCUGUUGUGUGUUUGCUGACGAAUAAACGCUGUUUUUUGUAAAAGGCACCAGA